CUUAGAAGUAUAAGCCGUGCAGAGUGAAACAUUCGCUGGAAACAUGAACUAUUCGGGCGGUGAUUUCGAUCAGCCAUCGGCUCAGGAGUUGGAGGGUGAACUGGGUCUGGUGGGAGCCUGUGUGAUCUUGGCCUUGUGUUUUGUGGUGGGAGCUCCAGGGAAUAUGCUGGUCGUGUGGACCAUCUUGAGACACGUAAAGCCACGUUCGUACACUGUGAUUCUCAUCCUGCACCUGGCUGUUGCGGACCUGCUGGUUGUUGUCACCCUGCCUAUAUGGAUCUACUCGUUGGCAAACUACUGGGUUUUUGGGGAUGUUGCCUGCAAAGCCAUAGUGUACAUUAUCUACGUCUGCAUGUAUGCCAGUAUUUUCCUGAUCACCAUCAUGAGUGUGGAGCGCUUUUUGGCAGUCAGGUACCCCUUUGCCUCGGCUGCGUGGAGGAAAAAACAGAUGCUGAAUAAGAUCCUGGUGGUGGUAUGGGUGGCUUCCUUUCUCUUCAGCGUUCCUGUGAUUAUCACUCAAGCUUUGGAUGGAGAAACUGGAGAGGAGCAGUGCCUGUACCGGGUGUAUAAAUCCGACAUGCAGGAGGCUGUAAUUCUUCUUUUAGAGUCUCUGGUGGGCUUUCUGAUCCCGUUUUCCAUGUUGGUGAUCUGUUACGGCUGUCUCUUCAGUCGCAUUUUGCAGAUGAACCUGAGGUCCAAAAGCAAAUCCACGAUGCUAAUUGCAAGUGUGGUCAUUCUUUUUGCUCUAUGCUGGAUCCCUCACCACAUUGGCAACCUUCUGUCUUUGGUGGGCCUUGCCCUCGAACAUGGCUCCCAAGCAGAAAAAAAUCUUAAUGAGGUUCUGGAUAACAUGCGAUUAAUUACAAGCUCUUUAGUCUUCAUGAGCAGCACUGUCAACCCUGUGCUGUAUGUGUUUGCAGCUCGAAGCUUUCGGAGCUCACUGAAGGACACAGGCAUUCAUAAACUGUUUCGUCAUUUAUCCAGCACAGCGGCAGGCGACGGCAGUAAAGAUCUGUCAUUUGUGUCCAGAAGACAAAACUCUCAUACCAACACUUCCCAGUGCUGCACAGAGUCCAAAGCACAGAUUGACCUGCUAGUGAACAUAUGCAACAAUGCUAUUACGGAUGAGACUGUGUAAAGGAACUAAGACUGGCUACUAAACUGAGAACCAUGUCGAUGUUAAUUGAUGUUAAUUGGUGUAGAUACUUCUGCAACUGGCAGCUUAUUUGUAAAUGGGUCAAAGACCAAAUAUUUUUCUGUACCUAAAGGCUAUCUAAAAGCUAAUAAAUAAAUAAAAUAAAUAAAUAAUAUAUGUAUAUGUACACACACACAAUGUUCAAGGAAGUGUAGAUACACAUGUCUUUAUGAACCUUGUUUUGUAGUCACAUUCUUUUAUGACUGAGUUUUUAUGGGUUUGGCUAAACCACCUGAACUCAAUAAUUAAUUGAGUUAAUAAAUAAGGGUGUCCACAUACUUUUGCUUAGACUUUUCACCUUUUGACUCUGCCAACUGCCAAAUAUAUUGUAAUGUUAUAAAGAUCCUAAUAUUAAAAAGAUAUAU